GAUUGAUCCCUUAAAACAAAUCCAGGACUCACACUUUCCUAAGGAUAUCUCUGCCCUCACUUGGAACUACGGACAUGUGGCAUUUAACCCCACCCACUCCAACCAGGCACAUGGUUGGGCUUCGUGCCUUUCUGGCACGCAACCCUGGACUUUAUACCCCAUGGGAUGGCUUUGCCAGCUAGAUGUGAUCUCACCUGCUUUUGAUCUUUUCUUCCUGUCUCUUCUUAAUCUGUUUGCAGCUUCCUUGCAGACAGCCAGUUGGAGCUCCAUCUCCAUCAUGGCUGGGCUGCUGCUCUGGGUCAGGCGGCUCUGGGUCUUGCUGCAGGUGGCCUGGCAUGUUGCAGUGGGGAAGGUGCAGAAGAUCUUGUUCCCAGAAAGGAUGAAGAGGAAUAUCCUGAGCCAGAGAAUUAACAUUAAUCAGAACCCUGCGUUUGAGUAUAAGAACUGGGGCCCGACGUUCUUCAGCAUCCAGUACUUCUUCUUUGUCCUGAAGGUCCGAUGGCAGCAACUGGAGGACCAGGCACUACAGGGAGGGCUGGCACCCAACCCUUCUGUGGUCACCCUCAAUGGAGAGAGCCGUCGCAUCUGGGAUUUCAUGAAUGGCAGCAGGCCUUUGGUGCUGAAUUUUGGAAGCUGCACCUGACCCUCAUUUAUGUUCAAAUUUGGCCAGUUCCAGAAACUCAUUGAAGACUUCAGCUCAAUAGCAGAUUUCCUCAUCAUCUACAUUGAGGAGGCUCAUGCUGCAGAUGGCUGGGCUUUUGCAAACAAUGUCGAGAUCAGACAGCACCGCACCCUUGGUGAGCGCUUGGAAGCUUCCCGGCGGCUGAGGGACAAGAAGCCCACGUGCCCCGUUGUUUUAGACACCAUGGACAACCUGACCAGCAGGAGCUAUGCCGCGCUCCCAGAGCGCUUCUAUGUUCUCCUGGAAGGCAGGAUCCUCUUCAAGGGUGGCCCAGGCCCCUGGCGUUACAACCCGGAAGAGGUCCGCAAGGUCUUGGAAAAGCUAAGCCGAUAAAGCUCAGGAAAGUGACCUGGCCAGUGGCGGAGGGGACGAAGGCUUCUCACUUCCCCAAGGCACCAGAUCACUCCCACCGGGGCUGG